UCUCUUGUGGAGUAUAUUGUUUUUUUCCCACAGAUUACUCGCCCCAGAGGACUUUAAACAGUUGGACUGUACCUGUAGGAUCCUGCUCUCGGACGCGCUAUUUCCCCGAGUCAGUGGAGGAGAUCAAACUCAUCAGAUUCUCCUGCAGCUUCAUCAUGAGUGAUUCACAAGGAUCCAGAGAUGGAGAUUUUUCUCCAGGAUGCAGUUCAGUCCAGCAGAAGAGCUCAAACCCAGAGUCCAGCUGUGUGUCUAUGAAGAGUUACUGCUCUAUGGAUCCACCACUAAAGUUUAAGAGUGGAAACACACAGCCUUAUCUAAGUUCAGUCCAGCAGAAGAGCUCAAACCCAGAGUCCAGCUGUGUGUCUAUGAAGAGUUACUGCUCUAUGGAUCCACCACUAAAGUUUAAGAGUGGAAACACACAGCCUUAUCUAAGGUCAAAUCUUCUAUCCAGACCAGUUAAAAACAAAUCUGUGUUCACGCAUGUGAUUCAACCACAAGACUUUAAUGAAAGCAUGAAUCCUGAUUUCAGCCAUGACUCUAAACCUGUUGAAGUCCUCAACACAUUGAGAUCAAAUCUGAGAAAGAAGUUUGAGUGUUUGUAUGAGGGAAUAUCAAAGCAGGGAAACCCAACACUCCUGAAUGAGAUCUACACAGAGCUCUACAUCACAGAGAGUGAAAGUGGAGAGAUCAAUAAUGAGCAUGAGGUGAGACAGAUUGAGACACAGUCCAGGAGAGCAGAAACAGAGGACACACCGAUCAAAUGCAGUCACAUCUUUAGACCUUUACCUGGACAAGACAAAUCCAUCAGAACUGUGCUGACAAAGGGAGUCGCUGGCAUUGGAAAAACAGUCUCUGUGCAGAAGUUCAUCCUGGACUGGGCUGAAGGGAAAGAGAAUCAGGAUGUCCAGCUCAUAUUUCCACUUCCUUUCAGAGAGCUCAACUUUUUGAAGGACAAAACACUCAGUCUUUCAGAUCUUCUUCAUGUCUUUUUCCCUGAAACAAAAGAAGUGGAAAUAUCCAGUGAUGAAUAUAAAGUUUACUUCAUCUUUGAUGGUCUGGAUGAGUGUCGUCUGUCUCUGGAUUUUCAGAGCGAUGUGAGGUUGUGUGAUGUGACUGAAUCAGCCUCAGUGGACAUGCUGCUGAUGAACCUCAUUGCAGGGAAUCUGCUUCCCUCUGCUCUCAUCUGGAUCACCUCCAGACCAGCAGCAGCUGAUCUCGUCCCCUCUGAGUGUGUCCAUCGAGUGACAGAGGUACGAGGCUUCAGUGACCCACAGAAGCAGGAAUACUUCAGGAAGAGAAUCAGGGAUCAGAGUCUGGCCGACAGGAUCAUCUCACACCUGAAGUCAUCAAGGAGCCUCUUUAUUAUGUGUCACAUCCCAGUGUUCUGCUGGAUCUCAGCCGCUGUUCUAGAGACGAUGUUGAGUGAAGCAGAGAGUGGAGAGAUUCCCAAGACUCUGACUCAAAUGUACACACACUUCCUGAUCAUUCAGACCAACAUCAAACAUGAGAAGGGCUAUGAGAAGAAAGUGGAAGAUGAAGACAUGAUUGUCAAACUGGGGAAACUGGCAUUUCAGCAGCUUGUGAAAGGCAACCUGAUCUUCUAUGAGGAAGACCUGAGAGAGUGUGGCAUUGAUGUGACAGAAGCAUCAGUGUACUCAGGAUUGUGCACUCAGAUCUUCAGAGAGGAGUUGGGCUUGUAUCAAGGGAAAGUCUUCUGCUUUGUUCAUCUGAGCAUUCAGGAACAUCUAGCAGCUCUAUAUGUGCAUUUCUCCUUUAUAAACAAGAACAUCAAUGUGUUUGACCAGAUUACCAAACCAACUAAUGGAGACAAAGUUUCACUAUCUGCCCUCCAUCAGAGAGCUGUGGAUGAGGCUUUAGACAGUAAAAACGGGCAUCUGGACCUUUUCCUUCGUUUCCUUCUGGGUCUGUCAGUGGAGUCUAAUCAAAGUCUCUUACAAGAACUGAAGACACAGACAGGAAACAGCUCUCACAACAAUGAGAAAACAGUUCACUAUAUCAAAGAGAAGAUCAGUGAGAAUCCCUCUCCAGAUAAAUACAUCAAUCUGUUUCACUGUCUGAAUGAACUGGGUGAUCUUUCACUAGUGAACGAAGCUCAACCUCAUACAUAUGGAGGAUUACGUAAUGUGAAACUCUCCUCUUCUCAGUGGUCAGCUUUAGUUUUUUUGUUGUUGACUUCAGAGCAGACAAUGCAUCAUUUUAAAUUGUACAGCUUAAUUGGAGCUGAAAAUGACCAGUAAGUAACACUGAGUACAAUCAUUACAGUCUAUAACAUUAUGAACAAAGAGAAACAAAGAGAUCAGGGGUCUCAUUUAUAAAGCGUGCGUACGCACAAAACGGGGAUGGAAACCUGCGUACGCCAGUUCCCACGCAAAGGUUGUGAUCUAUAAAAACAAACUUGACGGGAGAAUGUGCGCACCUUUAAGCAAACUUUGAGCUGUGCGUACGCACAUUCUGGAGAC